AUGCCUGCCUAUAACGUCGUUGUAUUUGGGGGUGACCACGUUGGUCCCGAGUGUACUGCCGAGGGUGUCAAGCUCAGAACUAAAUAUCACUAUCUCCAGAUCCUCAAGGUUAUCGAGAAGCACCGUGAUGUCACUUUCAACCUACAGGACCACCUGCUCGGCGGCGCUUCAAUUGACGCUACCGGAUCCCCUCUGACAGACGAGGCCCUUGAGGCUGCUAAGAACGCUGACGCCGUCCUUCUGGGCGCAAUUGGUGGACCGAAAUGGGGAACUGGCGCCGUCCGCCCAGAACAGGGUAUCCUCCGCCUGCGCAAGGAGAUGGGCACAUUUGGAAACCUGCGACCCUGUAACUUUGCCGCUCCCUCGCUAGUCGACAGCUCGCCAUUGAAGGCCGAUAUCUGCCGCGGUGUCGACUUCAACAUCAUCCGUGAGCUGACAGGUGGUAUCUACUUUGGCGAUCGCAAGGAAGACGACGGCUCCGGUUACGCUAUGGACACUGAGCCCUACUCGCGCGCCGAGAUCGAGCGCGUCGCCCGUCUCGCUGGCCACCUUGCUCUGCAGCACAACCCCCCUCUGCCCGUGUGGAGUCUGGACAAGGCUAAUGUGCUGGCUACUAGCCGUCUUUGGCGCAAGGUCGUGACUGAGAUUAUAGAGAAGGAGUUCCCCCAGUUGAAGCUUGGUCAUCACCUUAUUGACUCUGCUGCUAUGCUCAUGAUUAAGAACCCGCGUGCUCUGAACGGUAUUGUCGUUACUAGCAACUUGUUCGGUGAUAUCAUCAGUGAUGAGGCUAGUGUCAUCCCCGGUUCGCUGGGUUUGCUGCCUAGUGCUAGUCUGAGCGGUAUUCCUGAUGGCAAGAGCCGUGUUAACGGUAUCUACGAGCCUAUCCACGGCUCUGCUCCUGAUAUCUCUGGCCAGGGUAUCGUCAACCCCAUCGCUACUAUCCUCUCCAUUGCCAUGAUGCUGCAGUACUCCUUUAACAUGAUUGACGAGGCUCGCAUUAUCGAGAAGGCCGUCAGCAACGUCAUUGAGGCUGGUGUACGCACAGGUGACAUUGGCGGCACCGCCAAGACCGUCGAGGUCGGCGAUGCUGUCGCUGCUGAGCUGGAGAAGCUCUUGAAGUAA